AUGGCCUACCGAACUCCUGUCUACACAACCGCCGCUGCCCUGCCCCUUCCGCAAUAUUCUCAGGCCGUGAAAUACAAUGGCCUAGCUUACUGCAGUGGCUCACUGGGCAUUGAUCCGAAGACUGAUGAGCUUGUUCUGGGGACCGUGACUGACCGCACGCGUAUGGCUCUUCGGAACCUUGAGGCCAUCCUUCUCGCGGCCGGGAGUGGCAUGGAUCGUGUAAUCAAGGCCAUUGUCUUCUUCUUCGACAUGGGUGAUUUCAACGCAAUGAACGAGGCCUGGGAUCAUUUUUUCCCCCGAAGACCCUAA